GUUGUUAUAUACAUUUUUUUGUGUGGCCUCGUCGUCGCCGUCGUCGUUUCGUUUUCGCAAAAAAAAGAAAAAGAGUUUUUAAUUUUCAACAAAAUAUCAAAAGAAAAAACAAUUAAUUCAUAAGUCUGACGAAAGUGUAUUUCUUUUUUAUUUUUCUACACAAACCAGCCCAACACAUCCAAGUGCAAAAAAGUCUACUCCGCGUGUGCAUUUCCCUUUUUUCAAAACAAGAAAAUAAAAGUUCUCAGGCCGACCCGACCGGACACUAAAAAUCACAAAUAAGAAAGAAAAACUCGUAUAUUCGUAUAUCCCCUCACGGAUUCGCAGCUAAAUUUGGAAUUAACGCAGAAAAAUGAUGUGAAAGCCAAGGAAAAAGACUAUAAAUAAAGAAAACGAAUUAAUUCUUAGUUCUUUCUUAGUUUUCGUUUGUUUUUUUUUUUUAGUUUUAUUCUUUUACUUUCCCAACUUUAUUAUUUUAAGUUAUUUUCUUCUUUUUUGUUCCCUAAGUUUGUUGCAACAAACUUUUAUUUCUUUAAUAAAAAAAAGAAGAAACCAAUCGAAUCAAAGGUAAGCCCCAUUAGGGUUAGGGUAGGAUGUGGAUAGAGUUGUGUGUUUUGUUGUUGCUUCUUUUCUUGUACUCUCCUGCUCCUCGCUGCUCGAGUCUUGUGUGCGGUGGUGCUGCACUGCUUCUGCUUUUGACGGCUCCAAUGCCAUUGACCGCAUAUUUUGACAUUUGUGUGAAGUUUCGUUUGGCGUUUGGGACACCGAAGCAGAAGGAGCACACAGCACGGGGCUGUUUUGGGGAGAAUUUCUCAAAUGCGUCAUUUCUUCGAAAAAACCACGAUGAUCUAAGUUGAAAACGCAAUUAGAAAAAGAAAACCACUUGCACGACCCCACUGCAAGUGAAAACCAAAAACUAAAACAUUUCAAUUUGGCUAAAAACUUGCACUGAUCAAAACCAAAAAAGACAUUUUUGCAUCUUCAAACGCGCAAUUCGAUGACAAGAGUCUGAACUGAAUAGACAAGAAAAGAAAAAUAGAAUAACUUUGGUUGAACAUAAAAUGGGAGUGCAGAGCAUUAUGUCAUCCACCGCUGGUAAACGUAAAGAAAUCUACAAAUACUUGGCACCAUGGCCUCUAUACUCAAUGAACUGGAGUGUUCGUCCAGAUAAAAGAUUUCGCCUUGCACUCGGCAGUUUCAUUGAAGAAUACAAUAACAAAGUCCAAAUAAUUAGUUUAGAUGAAGAGACAAGCGAAUUUAGUCCUAAAAGCACCUUUGAUCAUCCAUAUCCAACGACAAAAAUUAUGUGGAUACCAGAUUCGAAAGGCAUAUAUCCGGACUUGCUAGCAACUAGUGGUGAUUACCUUCGAGUUUGGCGUGCUGGAGAACCUGACACAAGACUAGAAUGCGUACUAAAUAACAACAAAAACAGUGAUUUCUGUGCACCAUUAACAUCAUUCGAUUGGAAUGAAGUUGAUCCAAAUUUAGUUGGCACUUCAUCAAUUGACACAACCUGCACAAUAUGGGGACUAGAAACCGGACAACCUCAUGGACGAGUCUAUGUCGCUGGACAUGUCAAAACACAACUUAUUGCUCACGACAAAGAAGUGUACGAUAUUGCAUUUUCAAGAGCGGGCGGUGGCCGUGAUAUGUUCGCUUCAGUUGGUGCUGAUGGUUCAGUGCGUAUGUUCGAUUUGAGGCAUUUGGAACACUCAACUAUUAUAUAUGAGGAUCCAGCUCAUACGGCUUUACUUAGACUAGCCUGGAAUAAACAGGAUCCAAAUUAUUUAGCUACAGUAGCAAUGGAUUCGUGUGAAGUUAUUAUUUUAGAUGUUCGUGUUCCUUGUACACCUGUUGCAAGACUGAGCAAUCAUAGAGCGUGCGUUAACGGUAUAGCGUGGGCGCCGCACAGUUCCUGUCACAUAUGCACUGCCGGUGAUGAUCACCAAGCACUGAUUUGGGAUAUUCAACAAAUGCCUCGUGCAAUUGAGGAUCCAAUUUUAGCAUACACUGCAGCCGAAGGAGAAGUUAAUCAAAUUCAAUGGGGCGCAACACAGCCCGAUUGGAUUGCUAUAUGUUACAACAAAGCGUGUGAAAUAUUACGAGUAUAAAAUCAUUUUAUAAAAAAAAAAAAACAAAAAACACAACUAUUCAUACGCUCAUACGAAACAUCCAAACAAAAAAAGAACAAAAUACAAACAAAAAAAUCCUUCUUUUUCCUCCUCCUUUUCCUCCUUCGCCAUCACAAUGCACAUAAAACACAUGAAAGCAUCUAUGAUUUGUAAUUUAUUCAUCCCUUAUAAUUUAAUUUUAUAAUUUAUGAAAAGAUUUUAUAAAAACAAAAACAAAAACAAAAUAAUAAGAAAUAAGAAAUAUUAUGACAAUGACUGUGUACAUCAAAAAAAACACCAUCAAAAAUAAGUAUGAUGAUUUUAUUUUUUAAGUAUAUAAAUAUACAACUAAUUUUAGUUAUUUCUGUUAA